CUAAGUGCGCACUCCUGCUUUUCAUCCACUUCCCACAAAGCAACAUCUGUGCGAGUAAUUUAUCUAAUAAUCUGAUCUUUUAUUGAUUUACGGAUUCAUUCUUUUUUUUCUAGCUUUACUGCCAUGGCAAAAUGGUCACUUUUAUUUUUAUACUUUUUCCAAGGACUAUUUCCCCUCAUCUUUGGACAGCAGCAGCGCACAGCUGGUCCCUGGCGGCACCGUAUUCAAUGGGAGAACAACGGGCAGGUUUAUAGUUUAAUGAGCACUGGAUUAGAGUACCAGGCUCCGGUUCGGUCCAGAAGCCAGUCGAGGGUUUUUGUGAGCAGCCGGAGGGAUGGCACCAGGAGCCAAAUGCCUGGAGCGCACAGAGGAGCGACGCUUAUGAGACCCGGACAGGUUGACUCCAGGCAGUUAAGGACUGAUCACGGUGUAGAGCCUGGGUCUAUUGAGCCAGGACACGCUGUUAGACAAUAUGCGUCGUUUAACAGUCGUGCGUCCGGGACCAGACAGCAGCCUGAGCGUCCUCACGGAGUAGGAGUUUCAGGUUAUCCAGGCGCGCAACGCUUUAGUUCUGAACACACCAACACUAUCAACGCCUCUGCACCGGGGAGUUUUACAGAUUUUUCAGGCAGAAGAGGAGGUGUCAGAGUGGAUGCUACUGCACAGCACACCAGAGGAGGAGAACCAGGGACCGGUGCGCAAUACCAGCAGUUACGCGCGGUGCCAGAGGCGAUGUCCGUCUCCAGGCAACCCGCGCAGACGGAUCACUCCAUCCCAGCGAAUCCCACAACUCUGGACAGGGAAUCUGAGGUUCCUGCUCCAUUCCCUGCACCUAGUGAGGAAGUUCCAAGCGAGGCAACCGGUAAUGGAGAGGACAUGGUUAACGACGACCCUCGAAAUCCGCUUAAAAACCACAGGAAUUCUGUUUUCUACAACUCGUAUCCCACAAGAGGGAGGUCAGCGGCCCGCACGCGCCGUCCACCUGGCACAGGAUAUGGAACAAGAUAUUUCCAAAAUGGACUGCCAGACCUUGUGCCCGACCCAUAUGCCAUCCAAGCAGGUGCUUAUAUCCAGCGCAUGCAGAUGUAUGCGCUCCGCUGUGCUGCUGAGGAGAACUGUCUGGCCAGGUCGGCUUAUGGACCCACCGUGAGAGACAUCGACUUCAGAGUCCUCCUGCGGUUCCCCCAGAAAGUGAAGAACCAAGGCACCACCGACUUCCUGCCUGUCAAGCCGAGAUAUCAGUGGGACUGGCACAGCUGUCACCAACACUACCACAGCAUGGACGCCUUCAGUAACUACGACCUGCUGGAUGUCGUCACUGGAAGAAAAGUGGCCGAGGGACACAAGGCCAGUUUCUGCCUGGAGGACACGGGCUGUGACAACGGAUUCAGGCGGCGCUACGCCUGUACGUCUCAUACACAGGGAUUGAGCCCAGGAUGCCAUGACAUCUACGCUGCCAACAUCGACUGUCAGUGGAUUGACAUCACUGAUGUACCUCCAGGAAACUACAUCUUGAAGGUUACUGUCAAUCCCAAUUUCCACGUCCUGGAGUCAGACUUCACCAACAACAUAGUGAGAUGUGAUAUCAUAUACACGGGAAUCUACGUUCAGACACGGAACUGUCGAGUAACGAGGGGUUGAAAUCUUCCCUUUCAAGAACUAUCUACAGCAAACAUCUCUCCCUGUACUGUAACGCAACAUCAAUUCUAUGACUAACAAAAGGUGCAAUUGCUAAAGUGUUUAAUCACAACUGUGUGCUACUUAGUCUUGUGUUGCAUUGACUGGAAGUCUGUGCAUACGUUUACACCAAUUUUGUACAUUGAACUGGUGAGAUCAUGAGAUUUACUUGAUUGUGUAUUUCUACAAAUGAUUAAUAGCAAAAAUAUUAAUAAUACAAAGUACUGUGUUUAUAUACAUUUAUUUCUUGAAUGCUGGUUUAUUGCUUGAAAUGUGUGUUUUGUUGCCACUUGUUGUCUUGUUUUUUCUGCUUUGUGUUAUUGUUAUGUGCACAUCAUUAGUUUUUACAGUUUUAUUUACUGUAGGAUUAGAUAUUCUAUAUUUUUUGUUAUUGUCACCAAAUUUCAUGAAAAGUCCAAAACCAACAAUGUGUGAGUCUAUCUCUCAAUACUUCUUUACCUGGUCUGUGGCUCUCGAGCUUAUUAGUUCCCACUGAAGACAUGAUUCUAAUAAAGAAAACAGUUCACAAAUCUGUUAAACAUUCUUUAAAACAGCUGGGCACUUUAAUUUUUUUUGCAAAUGUUACUCAAACAGGAGCAUAUAGUGCAUUUGGAUGUGCAAGUAUUUAUGUUACAGUAUGUGUAACUCAAAAUAAACUGCAGUGAUAGGAACAUUUAAACCAGUGAAAUAGUGUUAUGGACACCAUUGAAGCUCUAAGGCACACAGGAAUAAGAUGCACUAGGUUUUUCAUACACAGACAGCAUGUGUUAGUAGAAUAAAUUCAUUGCUAGUUUCACAGUUUGUACUGAUAACAAGAAAAAUACAGAGUAUCACCUGAUUUAUCCUUUAACCACUUUGUGGUCACAUUAGCAAAUUGCAAAUAUCUCAUUUAAUGUUAAAGAGUAAGGAUAUAUGUUGGAGUAUGUGUACGAAUGUGUGCUUGUGUAUAACUGAGUGAAUGAAAAAUGUGGAAAACUGUAAUGUAAAACUGUUCAUAUUGCUAAACCAUUGAAAACCUUAUUAUAUUCUGUUGGUAUGUUUGAUUUAAUGCAAUAAAGAUGGUGAGGAGAGAGGAG